UUUUCUUCGCUAAAAAAUCUUUGAAAACGUUGAAAACAUGUAAUAGUGAUCCGAAUUUCAGGUGUUAAAUCCCUUAGUUUUCACCAAUUUACCGGCCAAAAUGGCAAAAGGACCGUUGAAAAUCGGAACUAAGUUACUCCGCGUAACCAAUUUGCACGACAUUACCGUUAAGGAAGUGUACGCUUACGUUAAAAACCUCCAUCAACACAUUCGAAGACAGAAUGCUAAGAUUCGCAUGUUACGUCGAAAGUUGAAAAAUCUGAGAAAGAGUCAGCGCCUAAAAUCGGCCAAUCGACUAGUUCAAAAUGAUGAAGAUUCUGAGAAGGAAAACGCUGACGAUGAUGUAAUGGAAGCCUUAGAGAGGGCAGAAAAGCAGCAGGAAAUGGAAGACAAAAAAACAGCCAACGCCAAACCGAUGGAUGUUAAGGCGUUUGUUGAUGAUAUCAAAAAGACUGCCGAAGAUUUUGAUUAUCAAAAUCGCUACAUUUAUGAACCCACCUCCGGAAUGUACUAUGAUCCGGCAACCGGGUAUUACUAUAAUGCUAUCUAUGGUUUGCAUUAUGACGGCCAGCGGGGAUGUUAUUUGAAGUAUAACGAAAAAAAUCAACAGUAUGAGUUCUACUCGCAAGUUAUGCCGGAGCAGACACUUGAAGACAAGAAGCCCGUAUUGCAACAAAAGAAGCGAAAAGACGAAAAGCCGUCCGAUUGUACCAAGCGCAGCCGGUCGAAUGCAAGGGAAGAGAAACCAAAACGCCUGGCGCAUUCACGACGUCGUCAUAGCCGGAGUCGGAGUCGCUCGAGAAGUCGAAGUGGAAGUGAUAAUAGUCGUUACCCUCAAAAGAGUUCACAGAGAAGGAGGAACCGAAGCCAAACGCCGGGGGAGGGAGGCAAAAGAUCAGGGUCCUCUUCAGACGAAGACAUCCUUCCGUUCUUUCAAUUCGUUCGAAACACACCGAAAAAGAAGCGAAACCGGAGGCGUGGACGCGGGUCUGAUUCUGGAGACCGUCGAGAGGAAGGCGAGUUGGAUAGCAGCAGUAGUGAAAGUGAACCCGCAUCGGUCGUUUUGAUUGGUUCCUCCAGUGCAUCCGAAUCGGAUGCUGCUGCGAAUGAGUUUCCAGUGAAAUAUUCAGACAGGGGUAAAAAUUAUCCGCCUUCACUACGACUGGUUGUCCAAAAAACUAACAUUAGUGCGCUGCGAGAGGGAUCUCUCUUCAUUGUCACCUGCAAAGGAGGUACACUAGGGCGUGAAGGUGAUCAUGACGUUAUCAUUCCUGAUUUGAAUGUAUCCAAAUACCACCUUAAAUUCAGCUAUAACGAAAAGCAGAGUAUAUACCAAGUGAUAGACUUGGGUUCCCGUAACGGUACCGUCCUGAACGGAAGCCGAAUGAGCGGGACCAUGCAGGAAAGUGCUCCGUUUGAUAUCGAACACGGCAAUGUGAUUCAACUGAAUCAAACUUUCCUGUUGUGUCACAUUCACGAUGGUAAUAUUACUUGUGAUGCCUGUGAGCCCGGACUGCUGGUAAAGGGUCUGGGUGGACGCACCGGAUUAGGAGUGCGGUACGAUGAAGACCGAAUCACCAAACCGGUCAGCCACAAAGAGGGGCUUAAGCGGCUACAAAAAAUGUACGGCCUAGAAAACGAAAAAUAUGUCGAAUCCGCUGAAAGUAGUUCGAUUGACUAUAAGGACCGGGCAGCACAUCGCCGGAAGACUAAAGGUAGCAGUAACGAGCAUGCCAAAACACAAGCUGCUUCAGUUGAUCAACAUAUCAGUAGUGACAACAAAGGCUUCAAGAUGCUGGCCAAACUAGGCUGGAGCGAGGGGCAAUCGUUGGGAAAGAACGAUGAAGGUUUGGUGGAACCUAUACCACUCCUAACGAACAUUGGCACCAGUGGGUUGGGUAGUCAAGCGUUGGCCCAACCAACAGCUAGUCACUCUGUCGACGAGCGAAAACAGAUGAUCUGGAAAAUGGCUCAAAAACGGUACGAAUCCUGCGCGGAAGUAGUUGACAAGAACUCCAGUAGUGGUGGCAAUCCGGCGUCGGCGACUGCAUCAGCAUCACUUGCACAGCACAUUGGAGCCGAAAACAAGGGGUUCCAGUUGUUGUCAAAACUGGGUUGGAGUGCAGGUGAAACGUUAGGCACUAAUGAAGAUGGUUUGAAGGAACCGAUUAAGUUGCUAACUAACGUCGGUACCAGCGGACUGGGAAGUAAACCACUGAAAGAUCCGAGUCGAGUACCGGUGGCACCUGCAAAGAAUAAAAUUAUUUGGAAGAAAAGACAAAAGACGUGUAAAAUGAGCGACAUGUUCGAUGUGUCAGAUUCUGACUGAAAUAUGCGAAAUAUAUUAGCAAAUGUA